GGAUCAGCUGAGAGCGGCUGGAGCAGGCGGAAGAGCCCGGGGAUUUGGGGAGGCCCGCUGAGUGCUGCUGCAAGAGCGAGAGGCCAUGGCUUCCAUUCUGGACGACUACCAGGACUCCAUCUCCAACAUGGCCUCUUCGCAGCAGAUCCGCGGCAGCCUUGGCAUCCCGCACACCGGUUAUGUGACUGCUCGGCUGGAAAAGGAGACUCACAUUUUCAACAAACAGAGAAUUGACUUCACCCCGCCUGAGAAGAUCAACAGCCUAGUGGUCUCCUCUAACCAGCUAUGUAUGAGUCUUGGGAAAGACAUAAUUUUUAGGCUUGAUCUGGCCAAGGCAGAUGAGCCUAACCAAGUAGAACUUGGACGAAAGGAUGAAGCCAGAGUUUACAAGCUGUUCCUGGACCACACAGGUUCUCACCUUGUCAUUGCCCUGAACACCAGCGAAUGUGUCUAUUUGAACCGAAAUGCUCAGAAGGUGCGACCCCUGUCUCGCUGGAAAGGUCACUUGAUUGAAAGUGUGGGUUGGAACAAGUUCUUGGGUUCAGAGACCAACACAGGCCCUAUUUUGGUGGGAACAUCCCAAGGCCACAUCUAUGAAGCUGAGAUUUCUAUCAAUGAGGGUGGUCUCUUUGGUACUACUCCUGACCAGUACUUCCGCUUCAUUUAUAACUUGGAGGAGGAGGCAGGCCCGACUCCAGUGUGUUGUCUAGAGAUAGAACGAGGAAUUGAUGGGAAAUGUUUUAUCAUUGCCACCACUCAUAAGAGACUCUUCCAGUUUGUUGGCAAGAUUCCAGAAGGGGCUGAUCAACAAGGCUUUGGAGCUAUAUUUAGCAUGCCUUCCAAUCACCUGCCUGGGUUCCGUGAGUUUCCAGCCAGCUUGGGCUACAGUGAGAUAGCAUUCUACACUCCAAAGCUUCGCUCUUCUCCAAAUGCUUUUGCGUGGAUGAUGGGAAAUGGUGUCCUGUAUGGAUCACUGGACUAUGGACGUCCUGACUCUAUUCUGAGUGAUGAGCAAGUCUGGGAGUACCCUUCUGAUGUAGACAUUUCAGUCAACAAGCCCAUCUCCAUAGUGCUCACACAGUUCCAUUUCCUGCUGCUGUUUCCUGACCAAGUGAAGGCUGUCUGCACUCUGAAUGGGCAAGUUGUCUUCCAGGAUGUGUUCCUGGAUAAGUUUGGCUCAUUGACCCGUAUGAUCAAAGAUCCCUCAUUUGGACAAAUCUGGAUUCACACAGAAAAGGUGGUGUUUCGGUACAAUGUACAGCGAGAGUCCCGAGAUGUGUGGAAAAUGUACAUGAACAUUAACAAGUUUGAUUUGGCCAAAGAGUACUGCAAGGACCGUCCUGAAUGUCUGGAUGUUGUCCUUGCAAAGGAGGCUGAACACUGCUUUCAGAACAAGAAAUUCCUUGACAGUGCUAAGUGUUAUGCUUUGACCCAAAAUUUUUUUGAGGAGAUCGCCCUUAAAUUUAUUGAGGCCAAGCAGGAAGAAGCAUUGAUGGAAUUUCUUCUUAGGAAGCUGGCUAGCUUGAAGUCCUCUGAGAAGACUCAGUUAACUCUGCUGACCACCUGGCUGACAGAACUCUACUUGAAUCGCCUGGGAAUGCUGGAAGGGGAUCCCUUGAAACAGGCCCUCUAUUUGAAGACUCGGGAUGAUUUCCGCAGCUUUUUGGGUAGCCCCAGAAAUAAAGACUGCCUGUUCAACAACAGAGCAACCAUUCAUGAGCUGUUAGCCAGCCAUGGGGACACGGAAAAUAUGGUGCACUUCGCUGUCCUCAUGCACGAUUAUGAGCGGGUGAUAGCCCAUCACUGUCAGCAUGACAACUACAGUGCAGCCCUAAAAGUCUUGUCCAAAAUCAAGGAUGAGGCCCUUUUUUACAAAUUCUCUCCCGUCUUGAUCCAGCAUAUCCCCAAGUUGGUGGUAGACGCUUGGAUCGAAAUGGGCAAGCAGUUGGAUGCACGGAACCUCAUCCCUGCCCUUGUCAAUUACAGUCAGAGCGGCAGCACCCAGCAGAUCAGUGAAGCCAUUCGAUACCUGGAAUUCUGCGUUUAUGAGCUGAAGGAAACGCACCAAGCCAUUCAUAACUACCUGUUGUCCCUUUAUGCUGUGUGUGAUCCUAAAUCGCUGUUGAUCUAUCUAGAAAAUGCAGGAUCCUACUCGGACAAGAUCCACUGUGACCUGAAGUAUGCGCUUCGGCUCUGUGCAGAACAUGGCCACCACCAAGCAUGUGUCCAUGUGUACAAAGUUAUGGAGAUGUAUGAGGAGGCAGUGGAUCUAGCUUUGCAGGUGGAUGUAGAUAUGGCAAAGUCCUGUGCAGAUCUCCCUGAAGAGGAUGAGGAACUGCGGAAGAAGCUUUGGCUGAAAAUUGCUCGGCAUGUGGUCCAGGAAGAGAAGGAUGUUAAGAAAGCCAUGGUCUGCCUUUCCAGUUGCAACCUGUUGAAGAUAGAAGAUGUUCUGCCAUUCUUUCCAGACUUUGUCACUAUCGACCACUUCAAGGAAGCCAUUUGCAACUCUCUAGAGGCUUACAACAAGCACAUAGAAGAGCUGAAGACAGAGAUGGAGGAAGCAACGCAGAGUGCCAGGAGAAUUCGGGAAGACAUUCAGGAGAUGAGAAAUAAAUAUGGGUCUGUGGAGUCCCAGGAAAAAUGUGCAGCAUGUGACUUUCCACUUUUAAACCGCCCCUUUUAUCUCUUUCUCUGUGGCCACAUGUUCCACUAUGAUUGUCUUCUCCAGGAGGUUUAUCCAAAUUUGCCUGCCUAUAAGCAGGCUAAACUGGAGGACCUUCAGAAGAAGCUUUCGGCCACAAGUCAACCAUCCAAAUCCCACCAUCGCCCUAAAGAUGCGGACAUGUCUGGCCAAGGAAAGGGCCAGCCAAGUCGAGAACAGAUGAAAGCUGACAUUGACGAUAUUGUGGCAGCUGAAUGUGUGUACUGUGGGGAGCUAAUGAUCCGUACCAUUGACAAGCCUUUCAUUGAUCCACAGAGAUAUGAAUCGGAGAUGCAGAGCUGGCUAUAGGGCCAGUGUGUCCCUGCUUAUGAGCAUGAAGCUGCCUGCAGAGCAUGUGUAUUGGCAGCUGAACUCUGGGCAUCUUAAAGCAAAUGACUUCUCUAGAGAUCUGAAAAAGUGUUACAUGAUCCUCAAUAUCUGUAGAGCAUUACAUUAGUCCUGCAGAGUGGGGAGUCAGUGAUGAUCCUGGUUUCUUGAGGCGUGUUGGCUUCCAGCAAAUAUACUACAGCUCUGAGAGGCACCCUACCUGCUUUGUAUAUGGGAUUUAUUUAGAGUGUUUCCCCACUGCAAAGACUGAAUGGGAUUUUAUUUCAUCGAGAAAGAAAUGGAAACAGUGGCUUGUGAACCGUUUUCCAAAUUUCUGUAAAGAAUUUGGCAAUGGUGGGGAUGCCUAGUUGCAUAAUCCUUUAUUCUUUUCAAAUGUGAAACUUCUUCUUUUGUUAUCCUUUUGUAAUGGGGGGGAGUCCAUUUUCUGUUUCUAUAACAUUAAAGGAAGAAAUUAUGCAUAAACUCCUGUUGCUGAAUGCGCAUCUUUUUGCAUUACUGUGACGUGAAACUUCAUUCUCCAUGUAAAUGCUACAUUUUUAUUCAGGUCUUUUGGGAUUGUAUUGUCCUUUUUUCCUGGUUUCCUGAAGGUGUUAUUUUGGGCAGCUGUACAUUAUUGAAUUUCCCGCAGGGUUUCUUCGUUUUGUUCAAAGUAAAUAGAAUAAAUUAUGGCACUAUGAUUGA